AUGGCAUCAUACCUUAGCUGCUGCCUGGCACCAUCUCUGCGGCUUCUCUUGCGAACUGGUCUCAUUUUCCUCAACUUGACGAGCCAAGCUUGCCACGAAGCCUCACUUUGUAUCAUCUUUCAGCGAAUCAGUAUCACAGUCCGUGAUCGGGAAGGACUGCGGCGCGAUGUCGACGCACUUAUCGAGGCUCUCGAGGGUACCAAUUCCUUCCGCUACAUUCAACAAAUCACUAUCAAAGGAGCUUUAAGGCUCAAGUCCAAGAAGAAUGAAGGCUAUGCCACACGUACACCUUACCUGGCUUAUACUGGCCUCAGUGAAAUACUGGACGAGGAACCAAUCUCCUACAACGGCAUGUAUGCGGUCUAUGAUGAAAGCGUCAUCGAAAAGUCUUCAGAAGAGGAUAUGGCAUGGGCUCCGAUGGUCAAUCUGCUCCAAGCCCAGCUCCCACUAAAAGACCUGGUGUAUGACUGCCAGAGUCAAUUUCCGCCAAGUCUGCUCACGACACUUCACGAGCAGCACCCCCAAUGCAGGCUCCAUCACCUCACGUUCAAAUUCCGGACCUUGUUCUGGGGGGUUCCCUAUCCUUACGAGAUGGAGCUUGCUACAUCACCAUCUCUCUACAGAGUGAAAGCCAUUUGUGCUCAACGCGAUAGCGAUGGUGACGACGAUUUCAACCUGGACGCUAUUAUGGAGCUCACUACUGGACUUGCUCCCAACAUAAAGGAGGUCGUCAUUCUGCACUUUUUCCCAGGAGGCUCCGGGAGAUCAAGGCGGCCUCUAGGGACGUUCCAAGGCCUCCCAGGAUUUACUCACGGGAAAAAAGGAUCGUUGAAAUCACUAUCGCUGAAAGGGUGUACGCGACUUAGGACUCCAACGGUGGUACAAAAUUGGGCCAGACACAUAGACUUCACUGGCUUGCAACAUCUCACUCUUGGUGGAUACCUCGACUCCACGGGAUGUGGGCUUAGUGGCGAGACAAUGGAGUGGCUGGCCCAGACUCAGUCGUUUCCCCAAGUCAAAACACUUGGUGUAUGGCUUACGCGCGAUGACUUAUGGUUGGAAAGACCUCGCUACAGUGAACAAGCAGUCUCCUUUUUCCGGAGUUUUGAUAGUCUUGAGCAACUGAGCAUCGACGGGCCAAUCGAUUCCAAAAUCCUGGACAACGUCCUUUACCAUCAUGGACAGACGCUACGGAAACUCAGUUUCCGUCCUUAUGAGGACAACCUCUCCAUGAGCAACGCUCGUGAGCGACUGGACAUACCCUUUCGGUUCACUAAGGAUCGCGUUUUGCAGAUUGAGGCUCAGUGUCCGGUACUAGAAGAGCUCGCAAUCCCGGUCAAGCGCAACAACUCGAGUGCAUCUGAGGCUGAGAUCUACAGAUGCUUCGGGACAAUGAAACGUUUACGAUCUCUGUUCCUGAUACUGGAUUGUUCAGAUUGGCGGAUUUACCGAGAUCCUGCGUAUGCACGCGAUUUUGAUGAGGAGGAUCAAAAGCUCGUAGACAGAGAACAUUUUCCCUUUUUCAAAAGGGGGAACUUGAAGGAAGCCUUCAUCAAUUGCGCAGUGGACGAGACACUGGCCAACUCAAUCUGGAAGGUGGUUAGCGAGAAUAAGAGCGGCAGACAGCUGGAGCGACUCAAACUGUGGCCGACUGGAGCGGGCGAAUAUGGCAAUAGCACCGGGCCAGCACACACCUUCGCAUGUCUUGCCCGCCAUCUGGCUCGAUCAUGGCUAUUCGAGCGGGUUCCGCGGGAUGACACAGACGACUUUACUGUCAGGGAACUGGGGCGAGAGACCAGAAAGGCUCUCAAUGAAGGCGACGCCGGUUACUUGAACUACGGUCAUAAUCCUGAGAUUUGGGAAGUCUUCCGUGCUCUCUGGCCCGCUAAAAAAGGUAGCAAGGAUUUCUCAGAUGAUUGGUCGGGCGUUCCUCUGUAG